GGAGGAGGAGGAGGAGGAGGAGGAGGAGGAGGAGCUGCCACGGACGCGUGGCCGCCCCGACCUCCUGCGUGCUCGGAGCGGCCCACCGUGCGUGCUGUCUGAUGCGUUUGGUUCGGCCCAGCGCGAGCGCGUUGGCUUUCGCUUGCUUCACCUGUCAGUCUGGCGCGCCAUUGCGAGCCAGCGGCGUGGCGGUGGAGCCACUCGCACGGCAGGCGCUCGACGCGCGUGCUGUGCGCACUGUAAGAGCAAUUGCAUAGUUAUGCAGAUCGCUGCAUCUCAGGGUCGGAGGGGGACCCCGUGCUUCGACGGGGGGAGCCCUCCAAAAAGCCCGCGAACGGAGAAGGGGCGUCCACGAGGGGGACGCAAGACUCGGGCUCGAAGCACCCAGGCUGGCAUGUGGAGGCCGCGGAGAGCAUGACGAAACCAAAUCUGAAAUUCCACGCGGGCUCCCGUUGCAGACAUCUCGGACUGGGAAACCCAAGACCUCCAGGGAUUUGUCGAAAACAGUCGACAAAUCCGAGGACUUACGUCCCGCCACAAGCUCCAGCGAGCUCGAGCCGUGCGCUUUCCCGCAGCAGAAGGGCGGGCGGGCCGCGCCCGCGGCGGCGCGGCGGCCGCCCGCGGGGAGGGGGGGUCGCGCCCGGCGCGCGGCGACGCAGGGGCCUGGCAGAGGGGCUGGUCGCCGCGCGGUGGGGCCCUCUCGUUGAGCAGGGACCGACUGUCCCAGCAUUCCUAUAAGCCUACCACGCAAUGUUUUUAGAACAUUCUUUGGUGGGCCUGAAGGCGAGCCGGGACGCUUCGCCACUGCCUGAUCCUCGCGCGCGAGGGGUGCGCUGCUGGCCGCCCCCCGCGAAAGGCGCUGCCGGCCCCUGGAGGGGGGCCGCUCCUCGGGCUGGCAGCGCUGCUGCUGUCGAGCCUCGCGCUUUUGAGGGAGGGUGGGAGAGUGACGGGGAGGAGGAGGAGGAGGAGGAGGA